AUGGAAACAGAAGGAUACCCGUGGGUGUCGACUGUAACAAUGGAGGACGUGGAUUUGCUCGGUGAUCUCAGGCCUAAGUUUCUCAUCAUGUGGGCAAAAGCCAUCCCGCUCGUCUUCCUGGCUGUCUCCACAGUUACCUUCAACAUGGUGGUUUUGUGGAUGUUCAAAAUGAAGAAAUCUUUGAGGAGUUGCAAGAACAUUUAUUUAGCCAGUCUGGCACUAGCUGAUCUCCUGAUUGGCCUGUGCAUGUUCCUGGCAAUUUUUCAGCAACUAAAGACUAAAGGCGAUUGGCUACCGGAAUUUUGGUGCCGUUUCUAUUUAAUCCUGAGACAAUCAGCGCUGUAUGUUUCUCUACUCAGCCUGGUGCUUAUCACCGGGGACAGAUGGUGGUCCAUUCACUACCCGUUUUCCUACAGAUCACGAACGCGUAAACGGUAUGCUUUUAUUGCUGUAGGGUGUGUUUGGGUAUUUGGAUUCGUUGUUCAUAUUCCACCGGUGACAUUAUGGAACGAUAUCACUAUUAAACUAAGCACGAAUACGUCUAGUGUCGACUCUAUCGUGUUGGAACUGCCCACUACAUGUGAACUUCCUUUCUCACAAAGUACGAUAUUUGUGUCUACAGCUUCGGUUGUCCAGUACUUUUUACCUCUAAUGGCCAUGCUUAGUUUAAAUUGCAGCCUCUAUGUAGGCAUUCUUCAGCGAAAGCAAAUUCAAAUUCGGCGAUCUGUCUCAACAUCAGAAAGGAUUGGAUGGCAUGAAAGACGAACGUCGGUAUCUUCAAUCCCUGAUUUUAGCUUUUUUGCUGAGGAAAGUAUUCAUCUCCUAAACGGCGCAAGCCCACGACGGUUUCACACUCGUAUGAGUACAUUAAGAAGAAACUCUGCCGAUGUAGUUCUUCUGAGAUCUGCUGCGUCGUCUCCCCUGUUUGGAAACAUGAACUCGCGUCUUGGGCAUAAAUCUAGAAGGUUCAGUUGGACGCCACGAAACAACUCCAUUCGGCCAAUGAAAUGCGGCGAGGAACUGGCUAAAAGUUUAUUGGUUAAACAAGACAGAAGAGCUGCUUUCUGGUUGGGUCUUCUAGUCAUUGUAUUUCUUCUUUGCUGGCUCCCGCACACUAUUGUAGGAAUACUGCAAUCGACCAAAUGUGUUAACAUCCCCCAGUGGACCAAAGACUUGACUCUGUGGUUUUUGCUCAUUAACUCGGCAGUUAAUCCUCUAAUGUAUGGAUUUUUCAACAGGGAGAUUCGUCGAGCCUUCAAGUACUGGUUGUGGGGAGAAACUAGCCCAAAAUGGCGGGUCAAAAACGCUUUAGCCUUAUACGGUGUUGGGUUAACCACAGCUGUAGCUGUACCUAAGCGUGUUUCGUCCGGGUUCGAAGCUGUGCCGGAGUAG